CAUUUGGCUUUCUGCGUCAGCUGGAGCAAAGGUGUGUGUUGGAGCUCGUGUUAGUAACGGAAACAAGUUAAAAGUGUGUGUUAUUCCUCCAGAGGACAGAGAUGACACGGCUGAAGAUGUUUUAUCUCAUCGGGGCGCUGCUGGUAACACAAAGCGCCGCCAUCUUCAGAGUCCCCCUUCAUAAGACCAGAAGCCUCCGCCGCCUUAUGAGUGAUAACGGGAUGUCUCUGGAUGAUCUCCGGGCUUUGGCGCAGAGCAGCGGAGCAACGGACAGCUCUCCCUCCCCCAACGUGCCUGUAGAGAGGCUGACCAACUUCAUGGAUGCUCAGUACUACGGGUUGAUCAGCAUCGGCACCCCUCCACAGGACUUCACUGUGCUGUUUGACACCGGCUCCUCCAACCUCUGGGUCCCCUCCAUUCACUGCUCUUUCUUCGAUGUGGCCUGCUGGCUGCAUCGUCGUUACAACUCUAAGAAGUCCAGCACAUUCGUUAAGAACGGCACAGAGUUCUCCAUCCGCUACGGCAGAGGCAGCUUGUCUGGCUUCAUCAGCGGAGACACAGUCUCUGUAGCAGGUCUGCCCAUCCCUGGCCAGCAGUUUGGUGAAGCGGUGAAGCAGCCUGGCAUCACAUUUGCAGUGGCACGGUUCGACGGGGUCUUGGGCAUGGCCUACCCCUCCAUAUCAGUCGCUAAAGUCACCCCGGUGUUUGACACGGCCAUGGCUGCCAAGCUGCUGCCUCAGAACAUUUUCUCUUUCUACAUAAGCAGAGACCCAAAAGCAGCAGUAGGUGGAGAGCUGGUGCUGGGCGGGACAGACCCUCAGUACUACACCGGAGACCUGCACUAUGUCAACGUCACAAGAAAGGCCUACUGGCAGAUCGAGAUGAAGGGAGUUGAAGUUGGCAAUCAGCUGACUCUCUGCAAGGCCAGUUGCCAGGCUAUCGUCGACACGGGGACGUCCCUAAUCGUAGGUCCUGUGCAGGAAAUCAGAGCGCUGCACAAAGCCAUCGGAGCGCUGCCCCUGCUGAUGGGAGAGUACUGGAUCGACUGUAAAAGGAUCCCAUCUCUGCCCGUCGUCUCCUUCAACAUCGGAGGGAAGAUGUUAAACCUGACUGGAGAGGAUUACGUCAUAAAGGAGACCCAGAUGGGGACAUCAAUCUGUCUCUCAGGCUUCAUGGCCAUGGACAUCCCGCCUCCCGCGGGGCCCCUGUGGAUCCUGGGAGACGUAUUCAUCGGGAGGUACUACACCGUGUUUGACAGGAACGCAGACCGUGUGGGCUUUGCCCCCGCCAAGUAGAUUACAGAACUCUGUUUGUGUGAAAUAUGUUGCACUUCUCUUUUCUAGUGGUUAUUUGACUUUCAAAAGUUGCACCAAGCGAAGCUAAAUUUCGUCAUCUCAUCUGCAGCAAUCAAAAGCAUUUAAUGGUCGCUGUAUUUGACUGUUAGACCUGGCUCACCACAAACAUCUCACACCUGCUUAGAAUAAUGAGGUUUACAUGCUGGAUGCUGCCUUAAAAGCCAUUUCAACACAGUUAGCAAGGAGUGCUGAUGUGUUGUGCCACUGAACAAAGGGACUGACUAAUUUAAGCUUCAUCUUCAGUCAGAGCUAUGCAUUUUGAUAUGCAGUUUAUUUUUUGUAACGUAGGUGUUUCGGGGGAAAAAAAGCACCUCAAAUUUUGGGAUGUAAUUUUGUUUCAUUCCUAACAACUGAACCACCUUUCCAGCUCCCAAUGCGUACUAAUAGACGUUUUAAUUGGGGCUGCUUUUGUACUCUGAAGGUCUCAGGAUGUUUCUCUUAAUAUGCCAAUGUGAAUUUUAUUACCAAAUCUCACUGAAUAAAGCUUUAAAUAAAUGUUUUGUUGAACUUUGAA